AUGAACGAAUAUGAAGCCCGCCGCCAAGAGAAAAUCAAACGCAACCAAGCCCUCUUCGCCGAGCUCGACAUCAAACCCCUCAUUCCACAAAAGACCCCCCGACAUCCUCAAAGCAACGGAAGCACACGCCCACCAGCAGCCAAAAAGCGGAAAAUCGUUGGAGAACUUCCCACCGCGCCUUCGCGCUCUUCUGCCCGUCUGGCGUCUGCGCCGAGGAAACCCGAUUAUACGGACGAUGCGGAGGUGAGGAGUGUGGCUCUCCCGCGCUCGGCGCCUCGAAGGAGAGGCGGGAAAUCUAACGAGAAGAGGACCCUUGUUGAUCGCAGUUUGGGUUCUGUGCGGGAGCAGUCGCCCAUGUCUCUUGUUCCGGUGAAGAAUGUUGACGAGAUUCGCGAGGGGUGGACGAAGUGGGAAGUUGCGGCUGAGUCGCCUACGAGAGAUGUGUACAAGGUGUUCCACUUUGAGGAUUACCCUGAUUUCACGCCUAAUAAGUCGCCCGAGGAGAUGUUGCGUGAAGGCGCUUUUGGCGGGUCUUAUUACCGGCCUUUGCGCUCGCGGAAAUUGGGUAUCGUCGUGCAGGAUGACUGGAAGGAAUUACCUCCCGCCUGGAUCGAGGGGUUGAAUGUGUACACAUACCUCGCGAACCCAGCGUACAGUCCGGAAAUCAACAAGUUCAAAGUCAGCUGCGGGCAGAGUAUCGAGGAGUGGGAGGCGGCAGGCUGGAUUAGCCACGAGCACGACGUGCGCGGCUGGUUUCAGUGGUAUACGCGCUUCUUCCGCGGGAGGCGGUGCGAUGAUGAUGAGCGGCAAGUGGGGCGGUGGAAGAAGUGUGUGGGCGAGACGGGACGGUGGAGGCGCACGUUGCUCAAGAAGUACGGGCUUCUGGGCGUGAGGGAGGUGUUUGAUGAUGGGGAGGGGGAGGAGGGGGCGGCGGAGGUGAGUCCGGUUGUGCAUCAGACUUGUCAUCAUUGGGCUUUUGAAGUAAGGCAGGAGCAUUUAGAUGAGUUCUGGGCGGGGAGGUAG